GUCUAAUUGAGUAUCUUCUUGUGAUGCUGUCAUAUGCCCCGUCCACCAGGUCGCAUUGACUUUUGCAUGCAGCUCAUAAUGAGUGGCGAGCACGGCCGACCAUACUCCUCACCAGCCCGCGGACUUCACUAAAUUCUAGUCGAAAUCAUGGACGUCGUUGCGGCAGUCUCUGGCUACAUCAGCCGUAUGGUUUCUGUGGGGGAUAGCACGGCUGGAGGGUCGUCAACCAAGAUGAAGAUUUUGCUACUCGAUGCCGAUACUGUGUCCAUUGUGUCGACCGCUACCACACAGAGUGCCCUGCUCAACCAUGAAGUCUUCCUCACCGAUCGCCUUGACAACCAAGCCCGCGAGAAGAUGCGUCAUCUACGUUGCUUGUGCUUCGUUCGACCCUCACCAGAUUCCAUACAGUUUCUCAUAGACGAACUGCGCGACCCCAAGUAUGGUGAAUACUAUCUGUACUUUAGCAACAUCGUCAAAAAGUCUGCGCUGGAACGACUAGCGGAAGCUGAUGACCAUGAGGUCGUACGCGCGGUUCAAGAGCAUUUUGCAGACUAUCUCGUGAUAAAUCCUGAUCUCAUGUCCCUUAACUUGACUUUUCCCCAGCGCCGCAUAUGGAGCAAUAGUCCAGAUAUGUGGAAUACUGAUUCGUUGCAACGGACUACAGAGGGUAUAAUCGCUCUGUUAUUGUCGUUGAAAAAGAAGCCACUUAUAAGAUAUGCAAGGAAUAGCUUAUUAGCAAAGAAGCUUGCCACCGAAGUACGAUAUCAGAUGACGCAAGAAGAUCAGCUGUUCGACUUCAGGAAAACCGAUACCCCUCCCAUUCUGUUGAUCCUGGAUAGGAGAGAUGACCCGGUUACUCCGCUUUUAACACAAUGGACAUACCAGGCCAUGGUACACGAGCUUCUGGGUAUUAGAAAUGGUCGCGUCGACCUAAGCGACGUGCCAGAUAUACGUCCUGAACUCAAGGAGAUCGUACUCCAGCAAGACCAAGACCCAUUUUUCAAGAAGAAUAUGUAUCUCAACUUCGGCGACCUUGGCCAGAACGCAAAGGAAUACGUCGAGCAAUACGCAGCGAAGCGGCAAGGCAACAGUCAGAUGGAGUCGAUUGCUGAUAUGAAGCGUUUUAUUGAAGAGUACCCAGAAUUUAGAAAGCUUUCGAGCAACGUGACAAAGCACAUCACGUUAGUAGGGGAGUUGAGUAGGCGUGUUGGGCAAGAUAAUUUGUUAGACGUGAGUGAGCUGGAGCAGAGCAUAGCCUGUAAUGACAAUCACUCUCACGAUCUUAGGCAAUUACAAAUAUUAAUUCGCAAUCCAAAUGUCUCAGCGACGAACAAAUUGCGGCUUAUCGCCAUAUACGCUUUGCGCUAUUCAAAAUCAACUAAUAACAAUACACCAGCCCUAAUGGAGCUCCUUGCCGCAACCACAACCCUUCCCAAAAAUCGCAUUGACAUAGUCACGAAGCUCCUUGAUUACCACAAUUCUCUGCAGGCUGUUCCUCAAGCAGGGGGCCCAGGCGGCCUACCAGACCUAUUUCAGUCUGGAUCAUUUUUCUCUGGAGCGCGUGACCGGCUGUCCCGAGGACUCAAGGGCGUUGAGAACGUAUAUACACAGCAUUCCCCACGUCUGGAGGCUAUCCUACAGGACUUGAUCAACCGAAGGCUCAAAGAUAGCAUGUUCCCAUUCUUGGAAGGCGGAGGGCAAACGCGCGACAAACCACAGGAUAUAAUUGUUUUCAUCGUAGGCGGUGCUACCUACGAGGAGGCCAGGGUGGUAGCCCAAAUUAAUGCGAGCUCACCGGGUGUGAGGGUCGUUCUCGGUGGGACCACUAUACACAACAGCGAAAGUUUUUUGGAGGAGGUAGAGGACGCGGUGGAUUCUUGGCCAAGAGCUCGCGAAAGUACUGCAGAGGGGAGACUCAGACGUGAGAUUGGCCGGUAACAGAAGGACACAAAGCAAAUAAGGGGGGCAAACAAUAGACAAGGAGCUUUGCAAGAGAACGUGAUUUGUCGUGAAAUGGCAAAAUACUAAAGGGAAUAUUCACGUACGUUAUAGCGUUAUAGAAGAAAAGUCUAUUCACAUGCGCUGAAAAGACGUGCGAUAUUUGACUGUUUUCUCCCGAAGGCGUAUCGUACACAUCUCAUAGCAUGUCUCCACAUCAAGCUCUGAUAACCCGUCAAUCCUCGCGAUAGAUAUGUACAAUACGG